ACAUGUGUUUAACCACUGAACCACUGCGGCUUUCGCUUUGAGAGUUGGUGUUUUGGCCACUUUGUUUGAUAAAACAACUAUUGAUAACAAUUUUAUUUAAAUUACUGGGACCAAAAAUGCUGAGAUGGGAUUUGAACCUUAACCUCAGCGCAUCCUUACCUUCACAGAACAUGUGUUUAACCACUGCACCACUGUGGCUUUCACACUGAGAGUUGGUGUUUUGGCCACUUUGUUUGGUAAAACAACUAUUGAUAACAAUUUUAUUUAAAUUACUGGGACCAAAAAUGCUGAGAUGGGAUUUGAACCUUAACCUCAGCGCAUCCUUACCUUCACAGAACAUGUGUUUAACCACUGCACCACUGUGGCUUUCAUGCUGAGAGUUUGUGUUUUGGCCACUUUGUUUGAUAUAACAACUAUUGAUAACAAUUUUAUUUAAAUUAUGGGGACCAAAAAUGCUGAGAUGGGAUUUGAACCUUAACCUCAGCGCAUCCUUACCUUCACAGAACAUGUGUUUUACCACUGAACCACUGCGGCUUUCGCUUUGAGAGUUGGUGUUUUGGUCAGUAGUGCAUAGAUCAGUAGUGCAUAGAUAUAUGCAGCAUAGAUAUAGAACAGUGCUAUAUCUAUGAUGCAUAUAUCUAUGCACUAAUGAGGGGGGCGCCAAGUCCGGAGAAUUCGCGGGGAAUUCGCGGAGAAUUCGGGGACUUGGCGCCCCCAGGUUCCAGCGUCAUUAGUGUAUAGACAUAUGCAGCAUAGAUAUAUACAUGAUAUAUACAUAUCAUGCAUAGAUAUAUGCAGCAUAGAUAUAGCACUGUUCUAUAUCUAUGCUGCAUAUAUCUAUGCACUACUGAUGGGGGCGUAUGCAGCAUAGAUAUCUACACAGUGUCGUCUUUAGUGGCUCAGUGGUAGCAAUACCGGCUCUGAAGCGAGUGGUUGCCGGUUCUGUUCCUACUUCUUCCUACGUUUAGAUGUGCAGUGGUUAAAAACAUGUUCUGUGAAGGUAAGGAUGCGCUGAGGUUAAGGUUCAAAUCCCAGCUAAGCUAUUUUGGUCCCAAUAAUUUAAAUAAAAUUGUUAUCAAUAGUUGUUUUAUCAAACAAAGUGGCCAAAACACCAACUCUCAGCGUGAAAGCCACAGUGGUGCAGUGGUUAAACACAUGUUCUGUGAAGGUAAGGAUGCGCUGAGGUUAAGGUUCAAAUCCCAUCUCAGCAUUUUUGGUCCCAGUAAUUUAAAUAAAAUUGUUAUCAAUAGUUGUUUUAUCAAACAAAGUGGCCAAAACACCAACUCUCAAAGCGAAAGCCGCAGUGGUUCAGUGGUUAAACACAUGUUCUGUGAAGGUAAGGAUGCGCUGAGGUUAAGGUUCAAAUCCCAUCUCAGCAUUUUUGGUCCCAAUAAUUUAAAUAAAAUUGUUAUCAAUAGUUGUUUUAUCAAACAAAGUGGCCAAAACACCAACUCUAAGCGUGAAAGCCACAGUGGUGCAGUGGUUAAACACAUGUUCUGUGAAGGUAAGGAUGCGCUGAGGUUAAGGUUCAAAUCCCAUCUCAGCAUUUUUGGUCCCAGUAAUUUAAAUAAAAUUGUUAUCAAUAGUUGUUUUAUCAAACAAAGUGGCCAAAACACCAACUCUCAAAGCGAAAGCCGCAGUGGUUCAGUGGUUAAACACAUGUUCUGUGAAGGUAAGGAUGCGCUGAGGUUAAGGUUCAAAUCCCAUCUCAGCAUUUUUGGUCCCAGUAAUUUAAAUAAAAUUGUUAUCAAUAGUUGUUUUAUCAAACAAAGUGGCCAAAACACCAACUCUCAAAGCGAAAGCCGCAGUGGUUCAGUGGUUAAACACAUGUUCUGUGAAGGUAAGGAUGCGCUGAGGUUAAGGUUCAAAUCCCAUCUCAGCAUUUUUGGUCCCAAUAAUUUAAAUAAAAUUGUUAUCAAUAGUUGUUUUAUCAAACAAAGUGGCCAAAACACCAACUCUCAGCGUGAAAGCCACAGUGGUGCAGUGGUUAAACACAUGUUCUGUGAAGGUAAGGAUGCGCUGAGGUUAAGGUUCAAAUCCCAUCUCAGCAUUUUUGGUCCCAAUAAUUUAAAUAAAAUUGUUAUCAAUAGUUGUUUUAUCAAACAAAGUGGCCAAAACACCAACUCUAAGCGUGAAAGCCACAGUGGUGCAGUGGUUAAACACAUGUUCUGUGAAGGUAAGGAUGCGCUGAGGUUAAGGUUCAAAUCCCAUCUCAGCAUUUUUGGUCCCAAUAAUUUAAAUAAAAUUGUUAUCAAUAGUUGUUUUACCAAACAAAGUGGCCAAAACACCAACUCUCAGAGUGAAAACCACAGUGGUGCAGUGGUUAAACACAUGUUCUGUAACGGUAAGGAUGCGCUGAGGUUAAGGUUCAAAUCCCAUCUCAGCAUUUUUGGUCCCAGUAAUUUAAAUAAAAUUGUUAUCAAUAGUUGUUUUAUCAAACAAAGUGGACAAAACACCAGCUCUCAGAGUGAAAACCACAGUGGUGCAGUGGUUAAACACAUGUUCUGUGAAGGUAAGGUUCAAAUCCCAGCUAAGCUAUUUGUCCACCAUAUUUUAAAUACAAUUGUUAUCAUUAGUUUUUUUUAUCAAACAAAGUGGCCAAAACACCAACUCUCAGAGUGAAAGCCACAGUGGUGCAGUGGUUAAACACAUGUUCUGUGAAGGUAAGGAUGCGCUGAGGUUAAGGUUCAAAUCCCAGCUCAGCAUUUUUUGU